AUGCAGGUGCCACAGAGACCCGAGAGAGUAUCUGUACCAUUCUUGUUGAAUUAUUCGGCCUCAAGUGAAAUUCACCCAGGGAAUGUGAACCAGGUCCUUUCUGAUCUCGCGACCAAAGAGGAUUGCCGCAGAAGCUCCGAUGCUAACUUGCCAAGUCUUGAAUUACAAGCUAGCAGAGAUGAAUUGUUCUCUGAAGAUUCGUGGAACAUAUUCUUUGGCUCUUUAUCAACCAGUGCCCCCUCCCAAGACUCACCGUUACCAAUCGGGCUGGAGGAUCCAGAUAAACGACACGCGGCCGCGAUUAGGAUAUUGGACUGUCUGGCGACUACAUACUCCUCGAAACCUGACAUUUCCGAAGAUUUCGAUAUUGAUCACGCUCGAGAACUCUUCAAUCAAGAGAAUAUCCAUGACUGCAUUAUGGCAUACUUCGACCACACAGUCCGCCCUCGGUCUCGGAUUGUUUUGAAGUCCACUUUCAACCUGGAAGUCGUCUCUACGCCUUUACUUUUGUCGAUAUUUCUCAUGGGUGCAAAUUGUGGUUUAUCUGACACCUUGAGAUCCCAGGCUACAGGAUACGGUGAAAUUGCAGAGGUUGCAGUUCUCGACAGCCCUGCUUUUAUACGCCUCAUGUACGGCAGGAGAGAGUUGCAGGUCCCAGAAGAGAAACGAGACGUCGUAUUCGAGUCCAAAGAUAUCCGGCUCUGGUAUCGGUUGCACGGGCUACACACUUAA